UCGCACAGUGCCGGCAGCAGUUUUCAUUUGAGCCUCAAAACAAAACGAUUACGAAAGAAUUGUCUUCCGCUUGCAAUUAAAUAUGAAUUUCAGACACAUUCAAUGCAUUACAAGGCAAACAUUCAGGUGCUUCAAAUUGCCAGCAACAACAACAAGAACAACAACAACAACAACUCGUAAUUUUGGUAUAGCUGCAAUUCAAAUGAAUCAGUGUCCUCGCUAUUGUGUUGUCCUUUUGCCAUUGGUCGCCGUUGUCAGCAGUGUCAAUUGCAGCGCGGAUUUGGCAACGAAGUCCCAAUACUCGACAGCAGCUGCCCUCGACAUGUCUAACGGCGAUUACAAGAACGCAGCGUCCAUAUACGAGUUUACCGUGAAGGACACGCACGGCAACGAUGUCUCGCUGGACAAGUACAAGGGUCGCGUUGUGCUCGUAGUCAACAUUGCCUCCAAGUGCGGUUUGACCAAGAACAACUAUCAGAAGCUGACCGAUCUGAAGGAGAAGUACGGUGAACGCGGCCUGACCAUUCUGAAUUUCCCAUGCAACCAGUUCAACUCCCAAAUGCCAGAAGCCGAUGGCGAGGCCAUGGUUUGCCAUCUGCGCGACUCCAAGGCCGACAUUGGCGAGCUCUUCGCCAAGGUUGAUGUUAAUGGCGAUAACGCUGCGCCGCUCUACAAGUAUCUGAAGGCCAAGCAGACUGGGACUUUGGGCAGCGGCAUCAAAUGGAAUUUCACCAAGUUUUUGGUGAACAAAGAGGGCAUCCCAAUUAAUCGCUAUGCACCCACCACCGAUCCCAUGGACAUAGCCAAGGACAUUGAGAAAUUAUUGUAGAUUCCGAUCUCUCGAUCUCUAUCUCUAUCUAUAUAGCUCCUAAGAAGAAUUAUCUAACUGUCUAGCUUGCGUCAUAUAUGUAUUUUGACUGUAGCCUAUAAACUAGUCCUAGCCUCAGUUCUGGGCACAUGCAGUGCAUGUUCAAAUUGUAAUGUUAUGCUGAUUACAUUUACUUCAAAUAAACGCAAAUAAUCUAUGAAA